GGGAGAGAGGCAGGGGCACGGCGGCGGCAGCGGCAGCAUGGCUUCGUCGCAAGGGAAGAACGAGUUGCGGUUCGCCGACUGGAUGGCAGCUCUGCCCGGCAGCCUCCACCGCACCCCGCUCACCAACCUGGCCAUCCCAGGGUCUCAUGACUCAUUUAGCUUCUACAUUGAUGAAGCCUCUCCGGUUGGGCCUGAACAGCCAGAGACGGUCCAGAAUUUUGUGUCUGUUUUUGGGACUGUGGCUAAAAAGCUGAUGAGGAAGUGGUUGGCUACACAGACCAUGAACUUCACCAGCCAGCUGGAGGCAGGUAUAAGGUACUUCGAUCUUCGAAUUUCCACCAAGCCCAGAGACCCAGACAAUGAACUCUACUUUGCUCAUGGUUUAUUCAGUGCCAAAGUCAAGGAAGGUCUGGAAGAGAUCAAUGGAUUUCUCACUGACCACCCAAAAGAAGCAGUCUUCUUGGACUUCAAUCACUUCUAUGGGAUGCAGAAAUACCAUCAUGAAAAGCUUGUCCAAAUGCUCAAAGACACCUAUGGAAACAAAAUGUGUCCUGCUAUAUUUGCCCAUGAAGUCAGCCUCCAAUACCUGUGGGAAAAGGAACACCAAGUGCUAGUGUUCUACCACAGUCCAGUGGCUCUCGAGGUACCAUUUCUUUGGCCAGGCCAGAUGAUGCCAGCUCCUUGGGCCAACACAACAGAUCCAGAAAAACUGAUUCAAUUCCUUCAGGCAUCAAUCACCGAAAGAAGAAAGAAGGGCUCCUUUUUUAUAUCUCAAGUAGUGCUGACGCCAAAGGCUAGUACAGUGGUGAAGGGGGUUGCUAGUGGUCUCAGAGAAACUAUCACGGAAAGGGCUCUUCCUGCAAUGAUGCAGUGGGUCCGAACUCAGAAGCCAGGAGAAAGUGGUGUGAAUAUUAUCACUGCAGAUUUUGUAGAACUUGGUGAUUUUAUCAGCACAGUCAUAAAGCUCAACUAUGCUCUGGAUGAAGGUGAAGACGACACUACCUGAUAGUACUGUAAUAUGUGUGUUGCUGCAUUAUUUACAAUUAAAAAAAAAAUCAUUUUAAAAGAAUUACCUUGUAAAACACUAAUUUUCCUAUAACACUGAUGUGUUUAGGGCUUUAGUGGGUGGGUAUAAGGGAAAAUGUUUUAAUCAAUUGUGAUCAUUUUUUACAUUUGUGUUUCAUGUGAAGAGCAAAACUAAACAUGUUUACAUUGUUUGAUAAAAGAAGGCCAUUUACAUGUUUUCCAUGAGGUACCAAAUGUGAUUCAUGUAUCUUCUAUGGUUAUGAACAGUGCCAAGAAAUUUGCUGCUUUCAGUCCAAUGGGAUGUAUAUUGUUCUCUGUCUGCUCACAGCGGGAUUCAUGACUGUGUGCAUUACACUGAGAGACCGAGGACAGUAUAUCUGGCCUGAAAAUUUUAAGCCGCUACACUUCAUCUGUUAGGGGAUUUAACUGAUCAUAUUUAUCAGUGAGCUACAGGUUUAAAUGCCUUUGUGAAGUAAAUCCAAAGUCAUGCCUCUAACACAUGCAUAAUCAGCAGACAAUAAACAUGAUGUUUUACAUAGCUUGCACAGAGCACAGACUAAAUCCUGCUUGCUUUUCAUUCUCAAAACGGGGUUUUCUAGUGGCUCUGCCCCAGGUCAAGUCAGCAGAUACGUGAUGCUGGCCUAACUCUGUACUAAGAGCUACCAGUGAAUAUUUUCUCUGGUUCUAGCAGGAACAAAGUUAGGCCAGCCUGGAGCACCACUUACUCCCAGGAUUAAUGUUAUGUGAGAGCCUGAUCCAACGUCCACUGAAUUUAAUAAGAAAUUUUCCUGUGUUUAGCAUAGUUUGGGCAUAGGAUCAGUAAUUGUGUGUAUUGUAAGGUGGGCAGGAUUUUGUCCCAUAGUGGGAACCUGGUUUCUGCAGGACUAAAACUGCACUUAAAAAAAAUAGGUGCAGUCUAAGCUUCUUUUUAAGGCAGCUACGAACACACUUCUCUGCUGAUUACAAAAAAAUAAGUUCCAGUUUCAUCAGUGAAAAAUUGCUGUACUAAAGAGUAUAGUAGUUCAAUUUCUAGUAAUAACAAUACUCUGUAGUCCUUAAAUUGUUUGUGGGAUAUAAUACUGAGUAACACAAAGCUGGAAGUCUACUGAAUGGCACUGUUCUAGUAGCAGAAUCACUAGUCAUCCUAAUUUUAACAAAACAUAUAUAAAAGUCAAAUAUAUGGAAAACUUAGUGAUUUAUAAAAUGAGAGCAUUGCCACUGUAUGACACCUAACUGGAUACGAUGCAAUCAAUCAUAUCUCCUGGACACGUGAAUGCACAGGCACACAACUUUGGAAAGCAAAACAAUUCAUUAGCGCAAAACAAUAGAUACUAUAAUGUCUUACAAGGAAAAUGCUUUUUGAAAUAUUGCAGGGCUUUAUGGAAUGAGACUACGGUCGAGUUUCCAUUGAUAUUACUAGAACUUUUGGUUGAGUGAGAAAGGAGAAUGGCAUCAUACGGUCCUUUGCUAUUUUCUGUGAGAUGAUAAAAAAUACCAUCUACCAUCAGAGUUUAGAAAUACAAAAUUGGUCUUAUUGAACAGGUGGGUUACAGGGAGGUUAUAGGGAUUUAGCUGUUGUGGAAGAAGUGGAAUAAAAUGAACACUUGCUGCUAUUUUGUACUGAGAGGGUGCCUUGGAAAAAGUGUGCAUGUGUGUAUACUAUAAAGAAACAUUUAAGUUUAUGUGUAGUAUGACACAUUUGAAUGUAUGGAUAUGAUGCAAAGACAUCCAUGCACACUUGCAUAAUGAUAUUCGGGUUUCUGGACAGGAGUAUUAUAAAUUUGGUUGAAAAAAACUGUGCAGCUGUUAUGAAUUUAUGAUACCUCCUUCAGUAGCAGUUUUUUCUGUAUAGUUUAGGACUGUAAGAUUCAUCCUUAGUGAAAUCUGUGAUCUAAGCCAGUUAGGUUUUUUACAGCAUAAAAACUUUACCCGAACUGCCUCAAAAAUUUACCAAGAGUCACAGCCCAUCUUUGCAUUGAACAAGGGGUAGGACUCAGUGCUUUCACCCACAACUAAGCAAGAUACAGGGAGGGUUGAUGCACUCAGUUUCCAGUUUCCACAGGCUCUCCAAACAAAAUUAAUGCAACAGGCACAUAAAAUGAAACAUGAGCAUAUGUUUUUCUGAACCCACCCUAUUUCAUAGAAAUAUGAAAAUAUUUGCUUAUUUACUGGUGAUGUGGUGUGAAAUGCUGUUUUCAUUUUUCCAUUUAGCUGGAUUUGUUUGCUUCUAGACUCUUCCUGUCAUCCGUUAGCUGCUUAAGUAUAGUCAAAAGAGUUAACGUAUCCUUAUAAUACAGUAAUAUGGAUCCUAGGUUUCUUUUUUGGAUUCUGAUUGAAAUUCUGUUGAAUCUGAGAGCAUCAUAAACAACAAGUUGCUCCUGGGACACCCUGCUCAAACACACACCAGACACACCAAGCUUUUUGCUUACACAGAGGUGUACUCAAAGCAAAUGUUCUGCUGUAUUUAAGAAAAGUGUGUGUGUGUACGCGUGUAUAUAUGAAUAAAUAUAGAGCUAUCUUGAGCUUGUUAGCAUUGUUAUGAAAUGUUUGCUUAGUGUCAGUUUUAUUCUAAUUGUCAUUGGAGUGCUGGAAAAUAAAAGCAAAGCAAAAAAAAAAGAGUCCUCUGACAAGAAGGAUAAUAGACAAAUCAUAUAGUUUCUCCAUUAAGGGAAAAAAAAAAAAAAAAAAAACCAAAACCAAACCUUAGCAAAAUGUUAAAUUUUGGUCAGAAAAAUUAUGUUUUCAUUUAGCUGUCUAUCUCAUUUCUGUUGGAGAAGCACAGCACUUUAUGUAAGGGACAGGUUAACAAGCUUGCCUUAAUUACUGAAACACAAAAAUGUGUGUGUGGGGAUACUAUCCACGCUUUUCUGGCGAUUUCAUCUGUGAGGCCCCAAAACCUUAAGUCCUGGUAGAGAUGCACUCUGCGUUGAUACUGUUUGGGAGAUCUCGCCAGAACAGAACAAGCCAGAGGGACUGUGCAGCACAACUGGACCAUUCAAGAGCCCAGUUUUGCCACGCAUAUGCAGCUAAAACUCUCUUUGGUUUCAACCAGAUAUGUGCUUGUGGGGUUGGGUCAGGUGAAUCAGUUCUGACCUGAUUCAUCUGGGAGAUUUCUACACGUGUAUUAUGAGGAAUCUUACAGGGGAAAUUAGAUAACUGUAAUCAGCCCAUCAGAGGAAAAAUACCUGUCUACACUAUUGAUCUUCAUAAGCAUCUAUUUACUCAAACUGUCAUGUCAUUCUCUGCCAAAAGAUUUUUCUUCCUGUGCUCAUUUUCCCCCUCACUAUGUUCAUUGUAUACACAUCAAGUAGUGUUGUUUUCUGAUGUUUUCAGAUGAUUACUUGAUCUUUUCAGUCAUACUUGAAAAAUUGCCACUGCGCUGCACAACAUAUGCUGCGUCUCAGCUGGUGUAAGCCUACCUGGCUCUGCUUUUCAGUUUACACGAGCUGACAUGUCUUUGUUCGGUACUGAUCCAACCUGCAGCGAUUUAGACCAAAUAGCAGCUAGUCCUGGGGUCUGAUUCUUGCCUUGUGUGGAGAGGGGUAAGAUCAGAAUCAGACCACAGGAGCCUAGUUUUAAAAUCAGUGGGUUAUUUGCAUUCCUUUGCUGUUGGUUAUGUUACUGGUUUUGUAGGUCAUGCCAUUUCAAGCCAUUCUUUGAAACAUACACAUGUGUGUAUAUCUAUGCAUACAUGCGUGAGAGGGAAUGUAUGAUCCUGUAUGCUGGGCUGUCGUUCUAUCACACUGAUGCAAAACUAGACCAUUUCUGCUAACUUCAAAGUAGUUACUAAACCUUUACCCUGGGAUGAGAGGGAGCAGAUUGUCAGUGUGUAGUAAGUAUUUGCUGUGUUGCAAAGGAAAUUUAAAAUUGUGGAACUUAACUCCACAAUAUCAAAAAAAUGAAGUGCCCUGAAAGCACCACUCCAGUGUUGUUUAUUCUGAAUAUAGUAUAUGGACUACUAGGUAUUAGCAACUGAGUAGACUAUUUGGUGAUUUCAGCAGUUCAGUUAACAACAUUCUAAACUUCUGAAUUCCUUUUCAGUGAAGUAAAAGCUAAUAGUGUAUGAUGUAUUUGCCAUAUCUCAGUGGUAGCUUCUGUGUUACAUACAGUCAACGUUGUUCUGAAUUGUAUAUGUUUACCUAAUGGUGAGGUUAAAAUAUGCUAUAUAGUGUGUACAAUGUAUUGAUUACAAGUAUGUUGGAGUUCAGUGAUCUAUUUAGUUCUUACUGUGCUGCUGUUUUGUAGGUAUAUGUGUGUAUGGGAGUAUGGAUUGUCUACAGUGUAUGAGGAAAUAAUAAUUAAUCCUAAAGGAAAAGGGCAGUUAUGUAACCUGCCUUAAUGCAUUCACAUAAUCUUGUUUAAAUCCCAUAAUUAUAAAUUCUGAUUUCAAACGUUACCAAGGAUUGUUCGUAGGCCUGACUCCCUCACUUUUUGGCACUAAGGAGUUAAACUUGAAAUUACUUGGAGCUCACUUACAAAUUAUUAAAUAAAGAAUAGGAAGUUUGCCUGAUUGACUACCUUGACUGUGCAAGGUGGCAAAGACAUGGUUUCCAGUGUGAUACAGAUCAAAUCACUCACUUCUGUGCACACACAGUUCCUGCUGAUGCCAGUGGGAAUUGUGAUCAUGUAAUUGAAUAGCCUAAAAUUCAUUUUCUGGGAUACAAUCAUGAUAGGAGGGUGGUGAUACCCUGGCUUUGGGGAUGCUAUACAAUACUGCUCAUGCCCCAUGCUGGAACAUAUCUGUAAAUUCACAGGAAGAGCUCCAGUCUAGGUUGGACUGUAAAAUCCUUAUGUAAAAAUUAUGUCAGAGGCUGAGCAGCCUGGCCUGGCCUGCCCACAUACAGCAUUCUGCUUUCAGGAGCCAUGGCAGCUUUAAUUAAAGAAACUAUAUUAACUUCCCAGUGGCUUGCAGGACCUCGUGUUUGACUUAGGAAUCUCUACAUUGCCCACAGGUACGACCCCUCUACCAUUCCCACAGUCAGGUCUAGCUUGCCUUUCACGGUUUCUGUCUGAGAUACCUCUGCUUUAUGCCAAGGGUAAUUCUAGAAAGACAUACUGAACAUAGAGAGGGUCCAUCUCAUGCCUGGUGGGCUGGACAGGAGCAGGCAGAGCGUGCCUGCCUUACGGUUUGUUUGGAGUGAGGUCAGCUUCGGUCAGACCCACCUGAACAGCAACUGGGGGAAGGCAGAAGUCUGAUUUCAGACCCUCUUCUGUUACCUUUGUCUAGUUAAAAUGUAGCAUCUUCCCAUUCUUCUCCUUUGCCUCUGCUCAGUGCUCCUUAUCUCAACUUCUGCAUACUCAUCCCUUUCCUCAGUACACCAUAGCAAUCCACUAGUCCUUAUAACAUGUUUAAGUUAAAAGGUGGCAGUGAUGCCAUCUGAUGUCCUGGGAUGAUUUAUCUCCACACUCCAAGUUAUGUACACAUGUCCUCUUAGAUGGGCCUUACCUUGGCUGAUGAGAAUUCAGGUAUAAACUCUCUCCCUGCAAAUUAAAAUCAAAUUGGAUGAUAUGCCAAUGAGCAUCUGCUAGCUACACUUAGGGUUUGGUUUGUUGGGUUUUUUUGCAGUGAGAUGACAUGUACUAGUCUCCUCCCUCAGUUCUGGGUCCUACAAAAGUCAAUUUGAUCAGGAAAGAUUCCUCGAGUAGCUGAAAUCAGUUUUUUUGUGAAGCUGGGAUCCUUACAGCAGAAUCCUAAGUUUGCGUGUAAUUAUUAUUAUUGGAAAUAAAAAUACGUGUUUAAAAAUAUAAUUUUGAAAAGAAAAAGAAGAAAUAUCUGGGCUUGCCAGGACAGUAGUUAAGUUUUUGACUGUCUCAGUCAUCAGUAGCUUUAGGAUCAUGAAGGUGAUGAUUAGGACAUUAUUGCCACACUGCCUCCUGAUGCUGUUCAGGGUCUCUGUACAGAAGCCUUAUUAUUCCCAAUAAGCAUUAAUGCGUUUGACUGACUUUUCUCCAUUUUCGUGGGAAGGACAAUUGUGUAACAUUGAGGACAUGGAGCUCCCUGUGUGUUGUGCCCACAAAGGUUCACAGAGCUGCGCCUUCUCUUUUUAGGAUCUAUUCAAUGGUACUUUAAUAAAUGUUGUGUUAAAAAUGCCUACAGUUCUGUAUAGAAAAUGUGAAUUUUUAUGACAAGAAUGUGUAUUUAAUGUAAAAAAAGAGUAAUAAAAAAAUGCAGUUUCUUUGUAUC